ACACGAUUAUGCGUCCGCGCGUCUCUAAUCCACCGGCCUUCCUUGACAGCGAUUCAGUGUUAAGUACAUAGCGCAUGCGCGCGACCGUCUGUUGUUUCAGUGGCAUUGCAGUGUUUCGAAAAUUGAAUUUAUAUGGCAGUGGUGACACGAAAAUGUGGUGACUUACAUUAUGUGAAGGCGAGGCGCAACUACGGGAGGACUCCUGAAAAUGGCUGGAGGGCAUCCGCUGUAGACAUCCGUCGUGAUCAUGAGCUUCGCAUUCCAUCAGUCUCUCCGUUUCCCAUACACCUCUGCUCGUAUGCUGCGAUUUCAGACGGCAAAGCUGGUGUGUGACUGUAUCAAAACGCAACUAUGCACGGUAGCAGUAUCGCUAUCCCUCUUCAACUCAUCGCGUCUCCCUCGGGAGGCAUUCCGGUAUGGAGCCGUACCUUUCCUGGUAGUCUACUCGUUCUGGCUGCUGGUGGUCGGCCUACCAACAGUACUGCUGCAAUUGGCGAUGGGGCAGCUAAGUCAGCAAGACGCUGUGGGUGUCUGGAGAGCAGUUCCAAUGUUAAGAGGUGUGGGUCAUUUAAAACUGCUGACGUCAUACCUGUGCUGCAUAUACAAUGUGAUGUAUGUGGCACUUGCGAUGGCCUUCCUGAUAUGGAUCGGUAAAGGAUCAUUCCCUUUGAAGGACUGCACUCGACUGCGUAUCACGCCGCGCGGUUAUGAGAAUAAAAUGAAUGCAUCAGAGUGUUUCAAUACAACAUUUUUGGCGCCGUUCACCGACUAUCCGCAAUACCUAGGGAUAAUGGGUAUUUUGAUAUUUGUUUUAUGGUUUUUCGUACCAAUGUUAUUGUACCGACUUCGGAAAUCUUUGAAAACUUCCCUGAACGUGUUAGCACCUCUGAUUGUGAUCAUCGCCGUGGUGCUGUGUACAUUCGUUUCUAACGCGGAAUCGUUGAAUUCGUUGUUCGAAUCAUGCGAGCAUUGGAUGCCUAUAUCCCAGCCUUAUAUUUGGUACAGCACCUUGGUACAGGCGUUGAUGUCCACGCAACUAUUGAGCGGAUUUCUUAUAAGUGGAGGAGGCACUAUUUAUAGACAUUCGGAUGUUCGGUGGACCUCAAUGUCAAUCAUUACAAUCAAUCUUCUCUCUAGUUGGAUAUGGGUAUUAAUUUGGGAGUCCAUAGGUGGCACUACAAUAAAGGACACCAGCUUUGUAGCUAUCCUUGUCUUGAUCUACCAAUCCAGUGUGUCAGAGAAGAGGACGAAAGAGUGGCCGCUCAUCGCUUUUGCAAUAGUUUUCAUUUCUGGUGUUAUAACAUUGCUAACCUUGCUCUUCCCAGUAUACGACAAGCUUCAUCGUCUUUUUGGAGACAACUGGCGCUUCUAUGCUGCAGCUCUGUCGGCUAUAGGCACGGCAUUCAGUGUCGCUGUGCUGGCAAGGAGUUUAGAAAUAGUCACUAUCUUAGAUGAGCUAAUAGUGCCAGUGUUAGCAGUUUUUACAACUACUGUAGAAGUUGUCGGUUUCGCAUUCAUAUAUGGAUGGUUCUACCUCUCAGUAGACAUAGAGUUCUUGACUGGCAACAAACUGCCUUGCUUCUGGGCGGUAAGCUGGUGGACGAUUCCCAUCCUGAUCAUAGGCGUAACGGGCUGGUGGCUCCGGACUUUGAUCAGGGCGAGCUGGAGCCAGGGUCUGACCUUGUGGCCGUUGGUGGGAGUCUUCGUGGGUAUACUCAUUAUGAUGGUGCUGAUGGCAGCCGUUGCUGUGGCUAAGGAGGAGCAGUUCAAUUUAGUGUCUAAAAUUGCUGCAGCAUUCAGCUCCUCGAGACUUUGGGGCCCUGAGGAGCCCAUGGCUAGAUACGUCUGGAUGUCCCAACGGUACGCCAACGAAGUCCACAGUUCGGACACUGAUCUCCAAUCUGAGCCCAUCAACUAUUCACAGAUCGUAUUCAACACAGACCACGAGCAUUUCGGCAACGAAUGGUUUAACAAACCGAACGAUUUACAAAAUUCUUACAACAUUUACAGUAAAACCCCCUGCGUAGACAAUUACAAUACAGUUUUUAACGAUAUUAGUACUAUUUAUGCUCCAAAAAUGUCAUCAACCUCAAGAAACAUAAAAAAAUCCAAAGAAGAAGAAAAAUUUAGAUCGCCCAAUGUUUGCAUUGCUAAAAACGAAAUAAGCGGUACCUUAAAUUGUAAUUGCAAUAGACAUUUUACACUAAACGUUCCAGACUUGAGGAAAUGCGAAGUUACUACAUGCCUCUAGGAUUAAACAAUAAAAUUUAUUAUACAACAAUCUGAGGAACCGAGAAAAAGCAUAUAGGCUAAUGAAAUUUUGAGAAACUGGACUGGAUAUAAGAAGGAAUUGACUUCAAAAUGCAAUUCAGGAUUUAAAAACAGAACUUCCAAAUAACUUUAGCAAUAUUGCCACCAAAAAUAAUGUAACGCAUACCAAAACGCAAAAUACGUUAUGUUAAUCAGUGACUUGUAGUUAUAAGAAUUAAAGCUUUGCCAUUAAGAAUGUAAGCGUACAACGAAGGUGUUGCCUAGUCGAAUUAUUUAUUGUUAUUAAGGGAAAAUACACGAUUAAUCGAAUAAAUUGUUACGCCCACUAUGCUUUUUUUCUUUUACUCUAUUCCGGACCUUUUGCUGUUAUUAAAUCUAAAGAAAAAAG